AUGGAGCUGCAGGGUAUGCCUACUGAAGAGAUGCCCAUCUUUGGAAGCACGCUGAAACUGAUGAAGUUCUGGUCGUAUCUGUUCGUUCACAACUGGCGACGUUAUGUGGCAAUGAUACCCUAUCUGCUCAUCAAUGUGACUCAGUAUGUGGACAUCUAUCUGAGCACCGAAUCCCUCGACUUUACCAUUCGAAAUGUCUAUUUGACUGUGCUCUUCACCAACACUCUGGUCCGAGGAAUUCUGCUGAGUCUGUAUCGCGGGCAUUACGAGCAAUUUCUGGAACUUCUCAAGGGUUAUUAUCUGCAGCUGUUGAACUCUACGGAUAAACACAUUCAGGAACUGUUGGCUGAAGCGACACGACUUUCCCAUUCAAUUGGACGAAUUAAUUUACUAAUGGGAACCUGCACUUGCAUUGGCUUUGUUACCUAUCCCAUUUUUGGGUCGGAGCGUGUGUUGCCCUAUGGCAUGCAUGUACCAGUUAUUGACAAAUAUGCCAGUCCCUACUACGAGAUUUUCUUUGUGGUGCAGGCCAUAAUGGCGCCCAUGGGCUGUUGCAUGUACAUACCCUACACGAAUUUGGUGGUUACCUGCACAUUGUUUGCCAUUCUCAUGUGCCGUGUGUUGCAACACAAGCUCCGCAACUUGCAACUGCUGCCGGUGUCGCGGGUGCGCCAGGAAAUUAUAUGGUGCAUACGAUAUCAGGUCAAGUUGGCAGGGCUUGUCGAUGCAAUGAAUGGAUUAAAUACAAAUCUACAUUUGGUCGAGCUAUUGUGCUUUGGCGCGAUGCUUUGUGUGCUGCUCUUCUCCUUGAUUAUUGCUCAAACGAUUGCUCAGACUAUCAUAGUUAUUGGCUAUAUGGUCAUGAUAUUUGCCAAUAGCGUUGUACUCUAUUAUGUGGCCAAUGAACUGUACUUUCAGAGCUUAUACAUCUCAAUUGCCGCCUAUGAGAGCAACUGGAUGGAUUUUGAUGUGGAGACCCAAAAGACACUAAAGUUUCUCAUAAUGCGCUCACAAAAACCGCUGGCGAUACUCGUGGGUGGCGUCUAUCCGAUGAAUCUGAAGAUGCUGCAGUCCCUGCUGAACGUCAUCUACUCCUUCUUUACACUGCUGAGACGCAUCUAUGGCUAA